AUGCAUGGACGCAUUAAGAGCGUGGAGCGCGAGAAGGAGCAGCACAAGACGGAUGCCCAGCACCAGGAGGAGCUCUCCAAGGUGCGCAUGUACCACGAGGUGGCAGGUAAAGUCCUAGACAUGAAGCGCCAGCAGCUCUACGAGCCGAGCGUCCUGCCGCUGACCAGCCACCUAUUGCUACUCAACCCCGAGUUCCACGUGGUCUCGAGCUACCGCCGCCAAGCCAUUGACGCGCUAGCUCAAAAAGCCGAGAACCGAGGCCGAAAUGUUGACUAUGGCCAAAACGGAGCUCAGACUAACGCUGACGAACGCAAUUUCUACAGUUGUAACUACCGUCGACAUGUGUCAAACUAG